AUGUCGUCGACUACGCCCAACGCCUCCGGCGCCUCUGCCGAGCCCGCAGCCACCACCACCACCACCCGCAGCACCGCUGAGCUCAUCCGUGAGAUCGCCCGGCAGGACGACGAGCAACAGGCUCGGCGCGCCGAGACCGUGCAAGACCCAGUACUACGUCGCCUUGCGACCGCCAGGACACUUCUCGCGCACCGCGACCACGAGGUGGCAAGGGGUGGCUCCCGGGACAGCCUCAUGUUUCAUUGGAUCAGCGACCGCAUCGCGGAGCUAAUUGGUGAGGCCCUCGCGAUCGUCCAUGCGGACGAGGAGGACCUUCGCCUUGCCGCGCCGCCGCUCGUGCCCGGGCGGAAGCUGGGCUACCUUCGCCCCCGUACUCCUCUCCUUCGGCCCGCGCCCCUUCCUCGCGCCCAUCGCGUUGGGACUUGGGUCCCCAGGAUUGGUGAGCACUCUCGCCGCCGGCCGACAGGCUGGCACUCGCUGAACAAUCUGCUCGCGGAGCACAUCCGCCGGAACGGGGAUCACGCGCGCUUCGACCCCGUAGGCAUCAGCAUUCGGGAUGCGCGAGCCCGCAUGCUGAGAGAGGCCCACACAGCGUGGCAGAGCGAGUUUCCAGACGAGCAGGGACGGCCGUCGUGGUACCUAUACAGCGAGCGCUUGUUGCGGGAAGAGGGUUCGCCUCGCCCUGCAGAGGGUCAAUGGUGGUCCUCCCGUCGGGAGGGCCUCCGAGUCCUCCUGCAGGAGGUGAUGGCCAGGAGAGCAGAGCGGCAUCGUGCUCGGCGAGAGCAGAGGAGGGCGCUGGCGAGGCUGAACCGGCUUCUCCGUCGCCUCGCCGCAAGAUCAUAGGCCGUAAGUGAAGAGGAACUCCGGACGCAUAGAACGGUGUGGCAAUGAGAGAAGACACGCCGAACGUGCUUCGAUCCACCAAGUGAGACCAGCAAACCGGCAACUGGUAGUUGACUUGGUCGGUUGCAUGUUCUUCAAUGCUAACGACUGCAGCGGCGCGCAUCAAGGAGUCCAUGGACAUUCGUUUCGGCAUCGUGGUAGGAUAGACACCGCGGCGGAAGGGCACGUGUGCUUGGAUCUAGAGUCUGGCGUCUCUUGCUUAGCAACAGAAAUCAUCUCGUACGUCUGCUCCAUGGCGCACAAGUGCGGUGCGCGCAGUGUCGAAG